CUGGGACCUGUGUGUGAGGUUAAGGCCUAAGUUUGGGGCUGGGGCCUAGGUGUGGGGUUAAGGCCUAGGUGUGGGGCUGGGGCAUGGAGCAGCCCUGGCUCUGCUCAAGGAAUUGCCCCACAGUUGUCUGUGGGCCUGGCUUGAGCCUCUGGCAGGCAACUGCAAGGCCUCAGCAUCCAAACCCCGAGAAGAAAAUCUGACAGCGUCCAAAGCAGCUUCCAGCUUCACCGCGGCGUGAGUAAAGGCACCUGGAAAAGAGCUUCAUCUCCUUGGCUUCGAGCGUCUCGGGGAGGUUUGGUGGCAGGCGCCAUGUUUGUCACCAAAGGAUCCUGGACGUUGGUGGCCUCAGGACAACUUCCUGCCCACGUCCCUCCUGCCCCAGGCCCAUCCCUGGAGCCCUCCCUCCCCCCUCACCGCCUCGACGCCUCCUCAUCCUCCCCACCUCAUCCCAGCCCUCACCGCUGCUCCGACUGCGGCAAAGCCUUCGCCUCCCGCUCCCGCCUGGCCGUCCACCUCCGCGUGCACACAGGCGAGCGCCCUUUCAGCUGCCCCCACUGCCCCAAACGCUUCAGCCAGAGCUCGGCCCUGGGUUUGCACCUCCGCCUGCACACCGGCGAACGCCCUCACGUCUGCCCCGACUGCGGCAAAGCCUUCGCCGUCUCCUCUCACCUGGCCGUUCACCGCCGCGUCCACACCGGAGAGCGGCCCUUCGCCUGCCCCCAUUGCCCCAAACGAUUCAGCCAGAGCUCGGCCUUGGCCCUGCACCGCCGCCGGCACACGGGGGAAAGGCCUCACGCCUGCGUCGAUUGCGGCAAAGCCUUCGCCGUGGCCUCGCACCUCGCCGCCCAUCGUCGCAUCCACACUGGGGAGAAGCCGUUUCCUUGCCCGCGUUGUGGGAAGUGUUUCAGGCAACGCUCCGGGCUCGUCACGCAUCAACGGGGACACAGUGCCCGGAAACCCUACAAGUGCACCGAGUGCGGCAAAGCUUUCGGGCAGAGCUCGCACCUGAUGCGACACCUGGGCACCCACACGGGCGAGAAGCCCUACAAGUGCACUGCCUGCACCAAGAGCUUCACCCAAAACUCCAACCUGCUCCAGCACCAACGCACCCACACCGGUGAGAAACCCUACGAGUGCGGCGCCUGCGGCAAACGCUUCGGCUGGAGCUCCAACCUCAGCCAGCACCUCCGCCUUCACAGCGGCCACAAACCGUUCCGGUGCACGCAGUGCGACAAACGUUUCGGCGAGAGCUCCCGUCUGGUUGAACACCAACGCACCCACACUGGUGAGAAACCCUACCUGUGCCCCGACUGCCCCAAAACCUUCAGCCGCAGUUCCCACCUCGUCCGUCACCGCCGCCUCCAUGCUGCUGAGCGGGGAGCCGCCUUGGCUGUGCAGCAGGGGCUCUGAGGGGGAAGGGAGGAGGAAGAAAGAGCUGUGGUGCGACCUACGGCCGCUGCAGCCCUUCUGUGGUGGCCCCUGGGGUGCAGGGUUUGGCCUUGCGGGUGUUGGUCAUCAAGGCAAAGAUUUUGGGAAGAUCUGCCAUGAGGUCGGGGGAAUUUUUACGGCUUCUCCAUGGUGGCUACAGGCCCUGAUGGCAGCGUUCAUCAGCACAAGGACCUGUGAUGUGGCCAUGGGCUGCUUUCUGCAGCGGCCUUGGGGACACGUGCGACUCCAUCAAUGCCUGUUCUUACG